UGAGCCGGCCCCGCCCCGCCCUCUCUCGCCCCCUGGCGGCCGCAGGGCCGGAGCGGCGCACGCGGCCAUGGCGCUGUACAGCGCGGCCGCCGCCGUCCUGCAGGAGCUGGAGCGCGGCCAUGGCGGCGUCAAGAGCCUGGUGUACAACAGCGGCUUCCCGCACGUCCGGCAGCUCUACGCCCUGGUGUCCGAGACCCUGCGCUACUCCCCGGUGCUGGAGAAGGUGCUGGCCGGCGCCGCGCUGCUGCAGGCCGAGAAGAAGCUGCCCCCGCAGCUGGCGAAGGUGCUGGUGUACGACCUGCUGUUCGGGAAGGGGCUCAAGUGCGGGGGCCGCUGGAAGGCGCUGGCCCGGCGGCACCGGGCGCGGCUGCAGGCCGAGCUGGCCCGGCUGAAGGUGCAGCACCGCGUGAGCCGCAACGAGGAGCUGCUGGCGCCGGCAGCCAGUCCCGCGGCCUCCCAGGUACCGCGCUACGUCCGAGUCAACAGCCUGAAGACUUGUGUGGACGAUGUGGUUGACUUCUUCAAGCGCCAGGGCUACUCCUACCUGGGCAAGGCAGCCAGUGUGGAGGAGCUGAGCGCUCUCUCCGGGAAGAAAUUCUUGUUGGAUCUUCAUCUCCCGGAGCUGCUGGUUUUCCCUCCGCAGACAGACUUCCACGACAACGUGCUCUACACUUCAGGACACAUAAUUCUGCAGGACAAGGCCAGCUGCCUCCCCGCCUUCCUCCUCAGCCCUGCUCCCGGCUCCCACGUCAUCGACGCCUGCGCAGCCCCGGGGAACAAGACCAGUCACCUGGCUGCCAUCCUGCAAAACAAGGGCCAGAUCUUUGCCUUUGACGUGGACACCAAGCGCCUGGCCACCAUGAACACCAUGCUGAUGCGGGCGGGGGUCACGGCCUUCCAGCUGGCCCAGCAGGACUUCCUGACCGUGCAUCCCACAGACCCCAAAUACCGCAAGGUGACCCACAUCCUCCUUGACCCGUCCUGCAGCGGCUCAGGGAUGGUGACGCGGUUGCCGCAGGAGGAGGCUGCCCCGAGCGCCGAGCGGCUGCGGGCGCUGGCCGGGUUCCAGCGCAAGGCCCUGAGCCAUGCCCUGAGCUUCCCAGCGCUCCAGCGCCUGGUCUACUCCACCUGCUCUCUGCACCGGGAGGAGAACGAGGCCGUGGUGGAGGCGGUGCUCCGGGAUCACGGCUCGGCCUUCAGGCUGGUGAACACUUUCCCGUCCUGGCCCUGCCGCGGCCUUGCCGCCUUCCCCGGGGCUGAGAGCUGCCUCCGCGCCUCACCCACCGCCACGCUGACCCAGGGCUUCUUCGUGGCUGUCCUGGAGCGGCACAGAGACGGGGACGCUGUCCCCAGCUCGGUGCCGGAAGCAGCCGAGAACCCGCAGCCUGUGGACCGAGCGGAGCCAGGAGCAGCUCCCAAGAAGAGGAAGAGGAAAAAGCAGAAGGUGAAGGAGUGAAAUCCCGUGAAAUCUCCAACACGAGGAAAGCUCCGCACCAGCCGCAGCCACAGGAGUUCUGUAACGUCCUGCGCCCCAGGGACCCAGUGCCAACCCCUGGGGCCACCCAGGUGCCGGGGGGAACCUGCUUCCCCAGCGCCGCCCCCCGCAGCAGCAGCUUUGUCCCCACAGCCAGACCCGGCCUGGGGCACCUGCGACCAGCACCCGGGUUCAGCACAACCUGCAUCUCUGCACCCGGCAGAGCUCCAGCUGGACUAGAGGCCUCGUUUUACAAUGUUCCCCCCAAAUCUUUACUCCAGCCUCAUGUGGGAUUUCAGAAAAGCCUUUGACUGUAGGGAUGGAACAGAUUAAAGUCUCUCUCUCCUCCA